AUGGAACCAAUCCAAAUUCAGAAAGAAAAAGAAGACUUUCAUCGUCGCCUGUUUACGUCCUCCACAAAACGUGAAAUUAAUACAGAAAAAGUGUACUGCUCGUAAAUAGGUUGUUUUUUGCCCACCUCCCCCCCCCCCCCCCCCCCCUUUUUUUUUUUCCCUCUUUCUCCCGCCCCCCCCCGCCUUUUCUUCCCCCCCAACACCCCCAACAACCCCCCCACAAAACACACUUUAUUUUUUUUUUUUUUUUAUUAAUAGAAACGCAAGCAAAUGAGCCUUUUUUUUGCUGCUUUUCUUUUUUCUUUCCGCGAUUAUCUCCACCAGCUACAUUCUCAAAUGUAAUGGAACCAAUCCAAAUUCAGAAAAAAAAAGAAGACUUUCAUCGUCGCCUGUUUACGUCCUCCAAAAAACGUGAAAUUAAAACAGAAAAAGUGUACUGCUCUUAAAUAGGUUGUUUUUUGCCCCCCUCCCCCCCCCCCUCCCUUUGCUUUUCUUGACGUCCUCGUUACCGAAGGCCUCGUCAGAUCUUAGGUCCCUAACAGGUUCCUAAACAACUCCUUACAAGACAACGUUUUAUUGUUAUUUUACAGAUGAAAGCGACAGUCAGCGUAAUGCUUCUUUUUGCCGCUGCUGUCUUUACCGUGGCCAGUGGCGCGUCAGACAAAAACUCCACAGAUGAGGAUCAGCUCAUAUCCAUCUUAAACCAAGACGAACCAAACCGUUUAGCUUGCUGGCCGCUUUGUUUCCCUACCGACAUUGACAUGAAGGGCAAGCGGGAGUAUGAAGAGAGAGCUGCAGAAGUAAAUGAAGGCGAAAAUUCAGCCAGAGCCUUUAACAAACUUCGUCGCUGGUUAGAGGUUAAAAAUAAUCCCUCAUCUCCGUUGGCCAGUUCUAGUUUAGUCGCCAGAAAACUGGGAUUAAAACCAAAUUGGGAACGAAAGGCACGGGAAUCGCAAAGUUUUCAUAGACGUGAGACCGCAGACAGUAGAAGUGAUAGGCAGCAAGCCUAUCGAAGCAGUUUUGUAUGACCAUCGACGAAGGAAAAACAGGUAAGUUUUUAGCCUGCGAAAACAGCCGAGAUUUCGCCAUUCCACUACUGGUUUCGCCGCAAAAUGACUUAUGAUGAACGACUCCAGAAAUUCCAUACUGAUGACUUGUUACCCAGUGAGGAACGAUUGCAGAAAUCCCAUACUGAUGACGCGUCACUACCUAGAUCUGGGUAGUGCUUCUGAUUGGCCGUACUUUAACCAAUCAGAAGCAAUACCCAGGAUCUGGGUAGUGACACGUCAUCAGUAUGGAAUUUCUGCAAUCGUUUAUUAGAUGUGUCUUCCAGGGAAGCCAGUGGUAGCAUCGCAAAAUGUCAGCUGUUUUCUCAGGCUAGUAAGUUUUGGGCAGUUUUUGCAAUCGUACAAAUUGUCAACCAAAACUAACAAACAAACAAGAAUUGUUGUGAGUGUUAUAAAAAAUAACAUCAUGGGAGCAUAACAGGGUGGAUCCAAGAUGGCGGCUUAUAACAGUCGUGACAGAAUUCCCACAUUAUAUUACAUCAACAAGGUUACACAACUACUUUUUGCCAUAAAAGAAUGUGAUAAUCACUGUUGUGUGCGUCAUUUUCUUUUUUUUUUCAGUAUCGCUGUAUAAAGGAACAACAACAACUUAUUUCCAAGAUGUACCGUCUUAA